AUGAGGCUGUUAAGGUUGCUGAUUUUCCUGGCCCACUGGGAUGUUGCCAGGGUUGAACCAGGAAAGUUCUGGCACAUCUCUGAUUUGCACCUCGACCCUGACUAUAAGGAAUCCAAAGACCCUCUCCAGGUGUGCCCAUCAGCUGGCUCCCAACCUGUGCCCAAUGCAGGCCCAUGGGGCAAUUACCUAUGCGACUCUCCCUGGGCCCUCAUCAAUUCAUCCAUCUAUGCCAUGAAGCAGAUCCUGCCGGAGCCGGACUUCAUUCUCUGGACUGGGGAUGACACACCUCAUGUGCCCAAUGAGAUGCUGGGAGAAGAGGCUGUGCUGGGAAUUGUGGAACGCCUGACCAAGCUCAUACGAGAGGUCUUUCCAGAUACUAAAGUCUAUGCUGCUUUGGGAAAUCAUGACUUUCACCCCAAAAACCAGUUUCCAGCGGGGCACAACAAUAUCUACAAUCAGGUAGCAGAACUGUGGAGACCCUGGCUCAGUAACGAAUCUAUCCCUCUCUUCAAAGAAGGUGCCUUCUAUUCUGAGAAGUUGCUGGGUCCCAGCAGGGCUGGGCGAAUUGUGGUCCUCAACACCAAUCUAUACUAUAGCAACAAUGAGCAGACAGAGGGCAUGGCUGACCCUGGCCAACAGUUCCAGUGGUUGGAAGAUGUGCUGACCAAUGCUUCUCAGGCUGGGGAAAUGGUGUACAUUAUUGGCCACGUGCCCCCAGGGUUCUUUGAGAAGACCAGGAAUAAGGCGUGGUUUCGGCAGGCCUUCAAUGAGAGGUACCUUGAGGUGGUCCGGAAGCACCAUCGGGUUAUUGCAGGGCAGUUCUUCGGGCACCACCACACUGAUGGCUUCCGGAUGUUCUAUGAUGACACAGGUGUCCCAAUCAGUGUCAUGUUCCUCACACCUGGGGUCACGCCCUGGAAAACCACAUUACCUGGAGUCGUCAAUGGGGCCAACAACCCAGGCAUUCGGGUGAUCGAAUACGACCGAGCCACACUGAGUCUGCAGGACAUGGCUACCUACUUCGUGAAUCUGAGCCAGGCGAACGCGCAGGGAACGCCGCAAUGGGAUCUUGAGUACCGGCUGACCGAGGCCUACGGCGUUCUGGACGCUAAUGCUCGCUCCAUGCACGUGGCGCUAGAACGCAUCGCCAACGACCAAGGCACGCUGCAGCGUUACUACGUCUUCAACUCCGUCAGCUACGACGUUCAGCCCUGUGGGGAGAGCUGCCGCGCAGAGCACGUGUGCGCGCUGCGCGAGGUGGCCUUCGAGGCUUACUCCUCCUGCCUGCGCGCCUCCGGCGGUGUGCCCGCGCCGCGGCAGGCGCUGCUGCUGAUGGCGCUGGUGAGCAUGCGCAUCCUGUUCGUGUCGUGA